GCAGAGUUCAGCUCAGUCGAAGCAGGAGCAAGGAGAGGGCAGAAAGCGGAGAGAUCGGUCUCGGCUUUAUUAUGCUCAAUUUGAUCAAUAAUUGCCAAUAUAACCGGUCGGACCCAUGGUGAAGAGAAAGAAGACAUCGCCCACGACCGAAGAGCACGAAAAUUGCAUGACACCGGGCUCCAGGGAGGGGAUCGGUGUCGAUGGGAGGAGGAAUCCGUCCAGAAAGCCCGAAGGUUGCGACGAGGAGGAGAGCGGAGAGCAGGCGAGCGAGGAGCGCAGUACAAAGGGAGACGACGGAGUGGAAAUUCUUAAUCCAUCAGCCGCGGGUCUCAGCCCCGGUUCAGCCCCGGUUCUCCCCGUGUCUCCGCCGAGCCGAACCGGGCUCGGCUCGACCGAGCAGCCCCACACCUCAGCGGAGACCGCCCCUCCGUGUCACGACCAGCAUCAUUUUCUCCGAUCCAGCGUUCGACCUCCGAGCAAACGGAUACGGAAGGAUUCAAUCGACUCGGCCAUCAAUGGACAUGGCGGGGCAAAAUCGAAAGGGGCAGAGAAUGGCUCUUCUAGCCAAGGGACAGUGGGACAGUCAGGGUCAUUGGCCAGCUCCACAGGGGGACUGUCAAAGGCCUCCAAGGGCCAAGGGUGUACUGAGAAGGAGGAACAAGCAGGUAACCAGAAGAGGGCCCGUCGGCAGUGGGAGUCUUGGAGCGCAGAGGAUAAAAACAGCUUUUUCGAGGGGCUCUACGAGUAUGGGAAGGAUUUUGAGGCUAUCCAGAACAACAUUGCAAUGAAGUACAAGAAAAGAGGCAAGCCAGCCAACAUGGUGAAGAACAAGGAGCAGGUCCGCCAUUUCUACUACCGCACCUGGCACAAGAUCUCCAAACACAUUGACUUUGCCAAUGUGUACUCCCGAGUGCUGAAGAAAUCUUCUCAAGAGCUGUAUGGUCUUAUCUGCUAUGCUGAGCUCCGCAAAAAAGUUGGAGGAUUAAUGGAUGAUAAGAACGUGGCAAAGCUGAACGAGCUCAUCCAGCAGGGGGCCACCACCGUGCGCUCCAAAGGGAGGAACCUACGGAUCAAAGCCCCUAUGUGCCGAGCACUGAAGAAACUUUGUGAUCCAGAUGGAGUGAGUGACGAAGAGGACCAGAAACCAGUGCGUCUACCCCUGAAGGUGGCAAUGGAACUCCAGCCACGCAGCAACCACUCCUGGGCCCGCGUUCAGAGUCUAGCGCACAACCCUCGCCUCAGGAUGGUGGUGGAGCUCCACAGGAAAGUCUCCAGCCUCAUUGAAUAUCUGAAACAGAAGUGGGCAUACCACGACCAGCGGAUUCUUAAGAGUCUCAUGGAGAGGGAGGCGCUCGAGGGCAGCCAGUGCAGCACAGCCUCUUCCAGCAAAACUCGGCAAGAGGAGCUCUUUCUUUUUCCAGCUGAGAGCAGCACAUUGACAACGCUGCCUGGUGUGGCACGUGUAGUUCACUCCAAGGCCUCCUGCACUGUACACUGGUUAGAGAGUGGCAAGAACCGGCCUAAUGCCAAGGAACUGCCUGCUGCCCAGAUCCUAGGCAUCCACACAGCUCCACCACCUCGAUCUGGCAACAAAUCUGGACGGGGAAAUACUGCUGUUGCUGGUGCUUCAGCGACUGUUUCGGGUGACACUCGUCGCACUGAACCCCUUAACUUUGAAUCGUCCUCAGACAGUUGUACAAAGGUAGAAGAGAAGAGACCACUCUCUUCUCUUUCUGUGACUGUUUCAUCUCAGCAGACUGUAGCGCUCAGAGAUGAGGGAAAUGGGACAGUAUCUUUUGAGGCAGGCAAGACCUGCUCUGUUGUGGAGGUCACUGGUGGCUUCACAGUGACCAAAAGCACGGACAAGUUGUGUAGUGGUGUCGAGAGCUCAUCGGAGCAGUGCCAGGAAGAGCAAAAUACCAGCACCUCUUCCCCAGAGGUGAACCAGGCUUCUACAGCCAAACCGCUAGUGACUGGCUCAGAGGACGGUGUGUUGCAAGGCUCUGCACCAGCAGCCAAAGAACGGACUGUUGAGCAGAUCAGAGAGGAGGGCUGGAGUGCUCGUGACGCUGAGAAUGUCACCCUGGCUGAGCUCUACCUAAUGUUUGGGAAGCCAGGCAAGCUGCAGCUGGAAUAUGAGUGGCUUCCAGCUGCAGUUUCUCCCAGCAACCAAGAAAAUGGACAAGCCAUGGUACAGCCCAAGUCCAACAGGACGAACCGAGUUUUGCGCUGCCUGCUCAAGCUGGUUGCAACUGAAGUCAAUCCUAAACCUUUGGCUCCAGAACUCUGCUCCACAGCCACAUCGCCACUUAAGACUAAUCAAGAGGAGCAAAACCAGGCAGUCACACCUCCAGGGAAGGGUCCCGUACCAGGUGUUCGCAGCCCCAGCUGUGGGCGACAGCAGGCUUCUGUCCGAGUGGCCAGGUUACACCUGCCAAACACAGGAGCCUCAGGUGGGUGCAACCUUCCACGCUCUCUGCUGGGCUCGACUGCAGACUCAGAAGGUGGAGUGUUCGCAGUUCCCACUACACUACCCCCCAACAGCUCACGUCACAACAGAAUGUUUUCCCCCAACAAGGAGGCAGAGCUUGCCUUCAGACAGCAGCUCGACUCUAUCAGUAUGCAGUCCGAUCUUUUCCUUUCUAGACAGAGAAAACCUCGCAACAGACAACUACGGAAACCACUUGUAGUUCAGCGAACGCUGCUGCCCAGAACUACAGGAGACACUCCUCAGCAUGUCUGCUCCUUCUCCAUCCUCUCCAAUUCCUCUGCCACAGGAACUGGAUCUUUCCGGCCAAUCCACACUCGACUUGCUCCUUCCUCCCGCCCUCUUCUGUCCAAAACGUCCUCUGCAGCGUCCAGCUCUGCAGUGACCAGCCAGCUCUCCAGUGCCAUUGACCUGGCAGCCAAGUCUGCAGGCAUCAUCCCUGGCAGUCCCAGCCGGGAGCUAGAUUCUCCCACUGUUGACAACAGCACUCUGCUCACCACCACACCCAUUGUUGAUGCUGAACCAGACCCCCAACUCAUCCAGGAAAAUGCCCCAGAGAACGGUCGGCCUCCUCCGUCUCCUGGAGUGACUGGUGGUGGAGACUCGCUCCUGUCUCCGCCCAGCGUCGUCUCGCUCCUUGACAUCUCUCUCCCAGGUCCCCCUGAAGAGGCUCUUGCCCCUGGAGAACCUCAGACACACAUUAGUGACUCCAUUAUAGAGCUUGCCAUCAACUCUACCCACUAUGGUGAGGAGGCUGCUCUCUCUCCAGCCAAGCUAGGCAACAGUGACAGCUCUAAACUGUUGACCUCAUCUCCGUCAGUCAGCCCGUCCAGAGGGUGGAUUCCAUCGCCCAGCCACGACCCCCAGUGGUACCCCAGUGACUCAUCUGACUCCACAUUAGGAUGCCUCCUUUCCAGCAUGGUGUCUCCUGAUAAGGGCAGGCGGACCACCCUAACCCCCUCCGGCCCCUCCAGUGGCACAGCUUUGCUUGGUCCAAGCCUCCUGGACUGCAAUUCUCACGAUUCCUUUCAAUCCCGUGGCCUUCCUGAUGUGGCAGAAAUGGACUCUCAGCUUGCGUGUAUGAUGAGCGAGAGCAGCGUGGACUACAUCGCUCGCUUCAAUGACCUGGCUCAGGAGCUGGCUGUAACCGAGCCCUCCAUCCCACCUCCCUGAGGAAGAGAGGAGCUGGCUCCACCAAGCCGCCGCCAUCUGGAGGACAAGAGCCGCCGAGUGAGUGGAGAUAUGAGAGGCUUCUCCUCUUUGUCUUUCCUUUUACUUCAGAGGGAAAGAUGACUGUGGAGGAUGACCUUCAAAGCCAUCCCAGCCCUGUUUGUAAAAGUGCAAUAAUUGAUUGAUUGAUUGAUUAUUUUUAUUUCAAAUAAACUUCUGACAUUAUCAAAAUCAGACAAUUUACAUGAGUGAUUUGAAAAGGGGAUGGAUGAAGCAACGCUUAUAAAUUCCAACCCCUCACACACCACCAGACUUCCAUAUAGGACUACAUUUUCCUGCCACACACAUAUAGACGAGACAAAAGACAGGCCCAUUACACUUCAAACCCACACCACUCCCCCCUUUGAACACUGAAACAUCUCAAUUAGAACAAUGGUGUCAAUCCUCAUUCUUUUAGGUAGAUACACAAUACAUCGACGCGGAUCCUUGAGCAUCUACUUAUGCUAAUACAUACCAACAACAUACAAUGUUAUACAAACACAUUUUGGGGAAAAAAACAAAAACGAGAGAACAGAAAAAGGAAUAAAUAUAUUCUAGUUACAAAAGCGUUUUCUGGCUGUGGUAAUCAUGGGUCACCCAUACCCAGGCCCAUACACAUUGUGAGUGUGCCUGUUUAUGAAUGUAAUGUAAUAUGUGUAUGUCAAGUGUAGGUGUAUCGGCCACAGCCAUGCAUUCUUAAGCACCUGUGCCUAGCAGUGGAGGCAUCAGUCUUCCAUCCCCUCCUGGUAUUUACUCAACACUUGUCUUUUAAAUAAUUUUUUGAACUGGACAAUAUUUUUGCACAUUUUUAUUUCUUCUGGAAGACUGUUCCAUAGCAACACCCCUUUCACUGAAAUCCACAUGGAUUUUAGGGUUGUCCUUACUUUCGGCAGAUAUAAUUGAUCAGUUCCCCUCAGUUUAUAUUUAUGAUGAGCGUCUCUAUCUUGAAAUAGAGCCUGGAUAUUACCAGGAAGGGAUUUUUUUGAUGCCUUGAACAUAAUCUGUCCAAUUUUCAAAUCGACCAAGUCGUAUAAUUUGAGAUUAGAUGAGUUAAGAAAGAGUGGAUUGGUGUGAUGAUCAUAUCUGACAUUAUGAGCAACCCUAAUAGCUCGUUUUUGCAGAGUGACUAAAGGUAAUAAAUUUGUUUUAUAACAAUUCCCCCAAACUUCUAAACCGUAAUUCAAAUAGGCCAUUAUAAAAGAAUGAUACAGGAUGGAUAAUGCAUUUGGAUUUAGUACUAAGCUACAUCUUUUCAUCACACCAAUACACUUAGCAACCUUCAUACGUACAUAACUUAUGUGAGGCUUCCAACAUAAUUUUUCAUCAAUGACUACGCCCAAAAACACAUUUUGUUGUACUCUUUCAAUAAUAGUAUUAUCAACGGUUAUUUGAAUUGGUAAAUCGUUUUUACGCGUUCCAAAUGUCAUAAGGUUUGUCUUUUUUAGGUUUAGUGACAAUUUGUUCAUAUUAAACCAUUUUUUCAGGUUAUGCAGCUCUAUAGUUAUUUCAUUCAAAAGUUUUCCCAAAUCUAUCCUUGAAAAUAACAAAUUUGUGUCAUCAGCAAAAAGUAUAAAUUUUAUGAUUUUAGAAAUUUUACAGAUGUCAUUAAUAUAAAGCAAAAACAAAGAAGUCCCUAAAAUUGAUCCUUGCAGAACACCGCACAUAAUAUUUCUACAAGUAGAUUUAUGAUGAUCGACCUGAACAAACUGCUUUCUGUUCGACAGAUAACUCUGUAACCAAUAUUGUGGCGUUCCUCUGAUACCAUAGCUAUACAGUUUCUUCAGUAGAAUUCUAUGAAUACCAGUGAACCGUGAGCUUCAUUCAAAGGAAGCUUGAAACACGAUGGUUUCACUGGACUGAACUGAACUAAUGUAAAUACCCUUUAAAAAACAAACACUUUAGAUAAAGAAAUGCGUUUACAAAACACAACCUCAUGUACAGGAAAAUACUAUGCCAUAUCUGAACAAAAUAUUUUCACCAAUCUUUUGUCUGUUUCUGCUCUGUGUGUGUGAGUGUGUGUGUCUAUGUGCUCUCAGAUCGACCCCCAAAAUGUGUAAAUCUGCCAAAAUGUGCAGUACAGAUCCCACCUGGUGGUAAACUGCUGCCGGAGUGUGAUUUUGAAAGUAAUGACAGCGAGAAAGAGGUUGGACAUGGUGAAAAUACUUGCCAUUGUUAAGUUGCAAAAGUGGAGCAUAACACAGUAGGGCAGGCAGAAGUAAAAUCUUUCCUGCUGCCCUCCAGUUCACGUGCUCUUCCUCUCUUAUCAGUUCAGGUUUUAUUGGUUGUAUUUAGCCAUGCGUGUUUGGAAUCAUUUCCUACAGCCACGUACAGAACGGCAGCUCAGUGGUUGACUCCACUUGGCAGAUAUUCUACAGAUGUGAUUCUCUGCAGUUUACUACUUUUUGAAUUUUGUGCUGCAAUCACAUUGGAAUUUGCUAGUAGAAUGAAAUUUUCAUCACUUUUAAGGGAUAGUAAUAACAACUGAGAGGGCCUUUAAGCUGAUAUUUAUUUUUCAGUCGCUGAUUGAUAAUUUCAGGUUGAUGGUACACCCAGACAUAGGAUUCUUGGUCUCCUUUUAAAUAACCCUGUCACUGCAGUUGGCAGCCCUUUGACUGUUUUUUUUUCUUCCUGAGCUACAAUAAAGAAAUUUACCUUAGCUCUCUUGCUUAUAUCUUUCAAAUAAAAGAGCUGGGUAUUAAUGUGCCAUUUAGAGACUAAAAAUGUUUUGAGCACCACUAAAAGUUACCCGUAGUGUUACACUCUGUAAGAACAGACAGUCAGAUGUAUGUCAUUAAAUCAAACACUAAAGCCAUAGUUGACUCAUUAAGUGUUGUGGUGAUUCCUUUAUUACAUCCCAAAACAUUUGACUGGUACUGGAUACUAACAGAACACUAUGGCUAAUUUCAGCUUGACUGAGUUCUAAACACCCUUUAACACCAGCUCCCUCUUUGUGAUGAAGUUAAAGGUAAAUAGAAUCUUAGAAACAUUUUUGCCUACAAUUUAACAUCCUGUUAUUAACAGGGAAUACACACUCACCAUGGGAAGCCCAGACUGAAUUGCGUUCAGACUCAUUUUAAUUAACCAGCAUCAUCAAUAUGCAGUAUUGCGAAAUCUUCUCAUCAACAUGUUUGACUGAAUCUGAGUGUAAUUUGUAGGCGAGCUCCAGUCAUUCCACAAAUUUAGAACAUUGGUUUCCUUCAAGCAACUUCGAGACUUUGAUUUUACGAUGUGAAAGCUCUUGUGAUGUUUAUUCAUUUGUGAAAGACAUCUGGAAAAUCUUCAUGUUGUCGCACUAAAUGAUUCUUAAUAAGGAAUAAAUGGUGGGUUUUGUCUUUCAAUCUGGCAAGUAUAUUUUUCCUGUUGAAGGAUUUUGUUUGUACAAAUGGCAGUUCCAGUAUUCACUGCGCUUUUGUAACAUAAUGUAAAUUGUUAUUUGAACUAUUUAUUGUUAACAUUUCUAAGAAAAAAGGUGUUUUCUGUUUAACUUAAUAUUAAGGUGGCAUCUAAAAAGGAAAACCCGUUUUAAGUUUUCAGUUUGUAAAAGGUGUUUUUAUUCUGUGUUUAAAGAUAGUUAUUAAAAAAAUGCUUGUUUCUUGUA